CUGGCGAGCGCUCGCCCGCUCCAGAGUUCGGUGUCUUUCUCGGAGAGUCGGGCUGCGGGACUCGGCGGAGCUGUCGGUUAUAUUGCACGGUUUUCUGUCAAAAUGAAGAAGUUGUGGAUGGUGGGGCUCCUUUGUGCUCUUUUGGCAUUUACAUCGGUUCGCGCCAGCGACGAGGAGUUGGACGUGGACGGCGCUGUGGAGGAGGACUUGGGCAAAAGCAGGGAUGGAUCCAGGACAGACGACGAAGUGGUUCAGAGGGAAGAGGAGGCGAUCCAGCUGGAUGGCCUGAAUGCGUCGCAAAUCAAGGAGCUGCGGGAGAAGUCGGAGAAGCAUGUCUUCCAGGCUGAGGUGAACAGGAUGAUGAAGCUGAUUAUCAACUCCCUGUACAAGAACAAGGAGAUCUUCCUCAGGGAGCUGAUUUCCAACGCUUCCGAUGCCCUGGAUAAGAUUCGGUUGCUGUCCCUAACUGAUGAUGAUGCUCUGGCUGGGAAUGAGGAGUUGACCAUUAAAAUAAAGUCUGACAAGGAGAAGAACAUGCUGCACAUCACCGAUACUGGCAUCGGAAUGACCAAGGAGGACCUGGUGAAGAACCUGGGUACGAUUGCGAAGUCGGGGACCAGCGAGUUCUUGAGCAAGAUCACAGAGAUGCAGACAGAGGGCCAGUCUACCUCGGAGCUCAUCGGCCAGUUUGGUGUUGGCUUCUACUCCGCCUUCCUGGUGGCGGACAGGGUCAUCGUCUCAUCCAAGCACAACAACGGGACACAGCACAUCUGGGAAUCUGACUCCAACGAGUUCUCCGUCAUUGAGGAUCCCCGCGGGGAUACACUGGGCAGAGGCACCACCAUCACAUUGGUGAUGAAGGAGGAGGCAUCCGACUUCCUUGAGUUGGACACAAUCAAGAACCUUGUGAGGAAGUACUCCCAGUUCAUCAACUUCCCCAUUUAUGUGUGGAGUAGUAAGACUGAGACGGUGGAGGAGCCCAUUGAUGAGGAGGAAGCGGCGGAUUCAGACAAGAAGGAGACCACUGAUGAGGAGGCAGAGGCAGAGGUGGAAGAGGAAGAGGAGGAGAAGGAGAAGCCAAAGACGAAGAAGGUGGAGAAGACUGUGUGGGACUGGGAACUGAUGAAUGACAUCAAGCCCAUCUGGCAGAGACCAGCCAAGGAAGUGGAGGAGGAGGAGUACAAAGCUUUCUAUAAGUCCUUCUCCCGGGACUCUGACGAGCCGUUGUCUCACAUCCACUUCACUGCUGAGGGAGAGGUUACGUUCAAAUCGAUUCUGUUUGUUCCUAGCGCUGCUCCUCGGGGCCUCUUCGACGAGUAUGGCUCCAAGAAGAACGACUUCAUCAAGCUGUUUGUCAGGAGAGUUUUCAUCACAGAUGACUUCCAUGACAUGAUGCCUAAGUACUUGAACUUCAUCAAGGGAGUGGUUGACUCGGAUGAUCUUCCCCUGAAUGUAUCCAGGGAGACGCUGCAGCAGCACAAGCUCCUGAAGGUAAUCCGUAAGAAGCUGGUGCGCAAGACCCUGGACAUGAUCAAGAAGAUUGCGGAGGAAACCUACAAUGACAAGUUCUGGAAGGAGUUUGGCACCAACAUCAAGCUGGGGGUGAUCGAGGACCACUCCAACAGGACGCGCCUGGCCAAGCUGUUGCGCUUCCAGACCUCCCACAGUGAGAGUGGAUUCAGCAGCCUGGAGCAGUACACGGAGAGGAUGAAGGAGAAGCAGGACAAGAUCUACUUCAUGGCUGGAACCAGCAGGAAGGAGGCAGAGUCCUCUCCUUUUGUGGAGAAGCUGCUGAAGAAGGGCUAUGAAGUGAUCUAUCUGACUGAACCCGUGGACGAGUACUGCAUCCAGGCGCUGCCCGAGUUCGACGGCAAGCGCUUCCAGAACGUGGCCAAGGAGGGCGUGAAGUUCGAGGAGAGCGAGACGGGCAAGGAGAAGAGGGAGGCCUUGGAGAAGGAGUACGAGCCCUUGACCACCUGGAUGAAGGAAAAGGCACUUAAAGACAAGAUUGAGAAAGCUGUCCUGUCCCAGAGACUCACCGACUCUCCCUGCGCUCUUGUCGCCAGUCAGUAUGGCUGGUCUGGAAACAUGGAGAGGAUCAUGAAGGCACAAGCUUAUCAGACAGGAAAGGACAUUUCCACAAACUAUUAUGCCAGUCAGAAAAAAACCUUUGAGAUUAACCCAAGACAUCCUCUCAUCAAGGAGAUGCUGAGGCGAGUAAAGGACAAUGCAGAAGAUGAGACGGCCUCCGAUCUGGCUGUAGUGCUGUUUGAGACGGCCACCCUGCGGUCUGGGUACCAGCUUGUCGAUACCAAGGCGUACGGCGAUAGAAUUGAGAGGAUGCUGCGGCUCAGCAUGAACGUGGACCUCGCUGAGGCGGUGGAGGAGGAGCCGGAGGAAGAGCCAGAGGAGCCAGGGGAGGAGGAAGACGCCGAAGAGGAGGUGAAAGCAGAAGAUGAAGAGACGCAGACAUCGAGCGAGAAGGACGAAUUGUGAAGCACUGAGGGGGCGGGGAGCAGGCUGGGGCCGUGAGGGGGAGCAGUCUCCACACCUGGAGCCGGCGGGCCAGAGCGCUCUCUCUGCACAGGGGGGGACUGGGGACUGGGGGGUUUUUUAAAGGACUUUUCUUUUGGGGUUUUUUUUACAUUCCUCAUGAUUGUAAAUUUGUUAAUAUUUAACUGACUGUUUAUGGAGUGAAACCAUCCUGUCACGUGAACCAUUAAAUGUUUCCGGAAAGGGA